AUGGAUCAGCUCACGGACAGGAUCAUCGCUGCUAUUGCAGCCAAAUCUCAACCCAGGCAGAGUCGCUCUUGUGAGCGGUCAAGCUCACAUCAGCGUUUACGUUCGCAACCUAGAACCAACUUCGGUCCCAACAAGGACCUAUGCUACUAUCAUUUCAAAUACAAGUUGAAGGCCAAGAAAGACCUCGACCUUCCUUUUGCUUGGCGAAAAUAUGAGAGAGAAUGGGCAGCUGAGAAGAAAGACAAAAAAGCACCUUGCUUGGACAUCUGCGAAGCCAGCCUUCCAGGCACACUUGGCACUAAGAGUCUCUUCAUCAAGGAUUUAUCCUUACACCUUAUCUUCCUCAUCGACACAGGUGCAGAGGUCUCAGUUCUGCCUGAAGAUGGAAACUGCACUUCGCCCUCUCCUUCUCUCACUCUUCACGCUGCCAACGACUCGAUUAUCCACGCGUAUGGCACGCGUUGA